GGGUUUUCCAACUAACCUAGGUGAAUGCUCCAUAUCUACUAACCCGAUUAAAGCGUGAAACAUUCACUUUUCGUCCUCUCGAUUUCGUACACAACAUCCCUGUCGUGAGAACGCAGUGAUUGUAUGCACGUGGCCAUGUGAGAGCAUUUCAAUAAGUAAGGCUGACUCGUCCCACUCUUGGUUGUACCAGGGCAUUUGUGUGACAUAAUAGCUACAUGUUCGAUCAUUAUUAUCUUAAACAUUACCUUGUUGAUCCUUUUUCUGAUAAUAUCUUUUAUAUUCUUUUUACCAUUUACAGUCAUUUCUAGUGAUUUACUACUUAAUUCUUACAUGAAACUGUUCAUUAUUAUUAUUUUUAUCAAGAUAUCCACUGUUUUCUCAUAUUAACUAAUAAUAAAUAUAUAUUUGGAUAUUAUUCAAUUUUAGACAGUAAUGUCGUCGUCUAAUUUAGAAGCACCUCCAUUAAUGCGAAAAUUAUUAAUUGGACAAUUAUUUCAUAAUACUGAUAAAUUGCCAAUAUAUAACUCAAUUCGACAAAUUUGGGAAAUGGAUUACCUUGACAACAGCACCACCACCAAUAAUAAUAAUAGUGUUCUGAAGAAAUUAUCAUGGUGUAUGCUUUGGUUACAAGGUAGAAUCAUUAAAAAUUAUCAAUUACUUAAUAGUGAUAAUAAUAAUACUAAUUUCAUAUUAGAUGAUGGUACAGGUGAAUUAUUAAUUAUUUAUGAAUUAGACAAAAAUCAAUCAGUUAAUUAUAAAGUAAAUAUUGGAGAUUAUGUUGCUGUGAUUGGUAAAUUAGUUCAACCUAAUAAAGAUCAUAAUAAUAAUGAUAAAAAGGAAUAUUCGAAUGAUUGGCAUAUUCUAGCUAAAAGUGUUACACAUUUAACUGAUCAUAUUAUACAACAAGAUAAAAGUGAAUUAUUUACAUCAUCGUCAUCCUCAUCAUUUGAAUCAUCAUCACAAAAGAUCAUGUCAAAUUCAGCAUAUUAUGAAUUAUCUUGGCCUUUAGAAGUUAUAGAUAUGACAUAUUCUGUAUAAAAUUGAUUAUGUUUGUAAAUACAUUUAUUUUUAUAAUAUUAAAUAAAGAUGUUCAUAUUGA